AUGCCAGUAGCAAUAAAUAAUUCAAAUGAUGUGAUACAGACCCCUCCACGUACCGAAAACAGAAGCAACACGCUACCAUUCACUGCAACACCCCCAUUAGCUUCAGUUCGAAACAAUGAUCGGUCGCGAAGCCCGCAUCCUUUUCCACGCUGCACUGGUACGGACAGUAGACGAUCUGUUUCAUCAACGUACAGCUCUCCAACGGCCACCUCAGUACAUCAUAGUUCUGAUCGAAAAACAACAUCGGCUUCGAACACCUAUCCGACAUCAUCACGUGGAUUCCAUCAACCAUUAGCAUUAGCAACAAAUUCACGUGAAAGACCAAGUACAAUUCGAGAUGUAACAAAUUUCGACCAAGAAGAUUUCGAAACAUAUGGAGAACCAAGGCGAAGAAUGUCCCCAAUUACGGCUCAAACGGCUGAGGUUUUGGCUGAAGCUAAUCAUCUGAUUCAACGAAUGCACAAAACCAUGGAUGAAGAAUUUGGUCCGGAUCGUAAUUAA